AUUAUGGCUGCACAAGGUGUUCUUCGAAUGCACCUAAUCCUGAAAAAGCUUAUGAAUGUUCAUGUGGGCAAAAAGUCGAACAGCCUAUACCAAGGUACAAGAUUGAGAUAUAUGUUAGCAAUGGUGAAUCAAAAUAUCGAUUUGUAUUCUGGGAUUCCGAAUGUGCUGCUAUACUUGGAAUGAUUGCUGAAUUUAUGCAUAACUCUAUGGUGGAGAAUGGAGAAGAUGAUCCAAUGGUUUAUCCUGAUGAGCUUGAAAUGCUGUUGAAUAAGAAAAUGGCUUUUAGAGUUAAGGUGCAUCCAACGUUUUCCCAAGCGUCUGUUUGGAAGCUUUGUGAUGAUGAAGCCUUUGUUAAAGAGAUUGAAAAUGACUACAUAGUAGAAGACAAUCAGUCUAAAACUGAAUAUGCAAAGUUGGUCCCUAACAAAGAAAAUUUGGAAACUUCCGCACAAACAUUAUCUGCAUCUGGUGAAAAUGAUCCAGAAUCAAUCAUUCUAAUGACUCCGACUAAGGAUGUUGUAAUUGCUGACAAGGGUGAAGAAGUUGAUUUUGAAGCGUCUGGCGCUACGCAAUUAUCAGGCACCAAACCAUCCAAGAAAUUAAAGAUAGAACCAUCUUCUUAAUUAGAAUUUUCGGAAAUUUGAUAUUGAAAUAUAUUUUAUGAACUUUUUAGCACCAGAAUGAGUUUAAGU